CACUGGCCAGAUAGCACUGGAGCUGAGCGGACUACAGUCGAACCGCUGCGCUGGGAGGAGUGCGAAGGGGUGCCUGCGUAAAACAGUGGUUGUUCGGAGAGAGCUAUCACACUUCUUACGACAAAAGAUGAGUUCGGAGAAAAGGAUUCCAUUGCCAUUCAAGAUUAUCCCGCUAGAAGAUGAAGUUCAACAGAAGAUAGCGAAGGAUUUUGCUGGCUAUCCGAACGGCCUGGUCUCCUGCAACCACUGGGGCUUCAAGUUUUCAGCGACCGUGACUGAACAGGAGGUGGAGGACAUGUACAACCAUCCUCUGGACCCACGUGACGUGUGGGUGGUGACGCCUCCCAAGUGUGGAACUACCUGGACCCAGGAGAUGGUCUGGCUGAUCGCCAACGAUCUCGACUACGAGGGCGCCAAGACGCCAUUCAUUCCAGACAGGUGGAGUUUUGUUGAUUUCCCCGGCCUCUCUGAUAAGGAGUAUAUGAAACGCUUCACUUCAAAUCCUUCUGAAAAAGAUGGCGCCACUGGAGGUCCUCCCAACUUGGCGGGAGAUCCGAAUCGGCCGCCGCCGCGGUUCGUCAAGUCGCACCUGCCGUUUUCCCUCAGCAACCCUCGUUUGCUGGAUGUCUGCAAGGUGGUCUACGUGGCCAGGAAUCCCAAGGAUGCCUGCGUCUCCUACUAUCAUCAUAUGAGACUGAUACGCGUGCAUGACUUCCUAGGAGAUAUUGAGCUCUUCACGGAGUACUUUAUGAAAGACGAGCUGGGUGAAUCGCCCUUCAUCGAACACAUGAUCGAGGCAUGGAACCUGCGUCACCACCCCAACCUCUGCUUCCUCUUCUACGAGGAUAUGAAGAAGGAUCUGAGAUCGCAGAUCCGCAAGGUGGCCAAGUUCUUCGGAAAGGACUACUCUGAAGAACAGGUGGACAAUCUGGCAGAGCACCUCCACAUCGACAACUUCAAGAAGAAUCCGUUCGUAAACUUCGAGAGCCUGAAUAAGCUUGGUCUUACGUACCCAGAUCGCGGCAGCUUCGUCAGGAAGGGCAAGACGGGUGACUGGAAGAACCACUUCACUCCUGAGAUGAAUGAAAAGUUCGACAAGUGGAUGGAGGAGAAGCUGAAGGGAACGGAUCUCACUUUUGUCCAGGAACUAGAGAAGCAGGACUAGAGGUCAUUAUGACGAUCCUCCUGUUGAUGCUGCUGCUGAUGCUGCUGCUGCUGCUGAUGAUGAUGUUGAUGAUGGAAGUCAUCAUGACCCGGACGCUGAUGAUGAGGAAGAGCCGGUUGACUAUCAAUGCAAUCUACAAAUACGUACUGCAUGAUUUUUCUAAUCUAAGCGGGGUUAAAAUGAUGUAAAACGUAGACAUACGAAUUAACAGCUGCUUGACCUGAUGGUAUGCUUUAUGGUACUCUUAAAGUAUAAACUGAGUUAUGCAGUAUUCAUGCUGCUGACAGCUGAAUGUGACCAGAUGAGCGUUUUCCUGAGUAAUUUUUUAUUUUAGGUCAUCAUUGUUCUCACUUCUCAUCCGGUAUUCACUCUUGGUUUUAGAGAAGGUCUUCACUUUUAAGCUCAUCAAAUCAUGCGUUUUAUAUAUCAGCCAUCAUGUUGCCUGUGAGACUGCUUCCGCCUCCCUUGCAUAAUGCCUAUUGCAUGCUUAUCGUAUGCAAUAGGCAUUAUGCAAAAUAACACAGAACAACUAGUGCAUGGACGCGUUUUAAUUAUUAAAUCUUCAUCAGCAUGACAUAACCACAGAGAAAACAAGAUAUAGCACACACACCUUGUGUUCUCUGUGUUUCUCUGUGUUUCUCUGUUUCUCUGUCUUCUCUGUUUGUUUUCUCUGUGGUUAUGUCAUACUGAUGAAGAUUUGAUAAUCGAAACGAGUCCAUGCACUAUUUGUUCCGUGUUUUUCUACUUGUCUCUAUCAAUCAAUAUACAUAUUAUGCAAAAUGCAUUGUAUGCGUCAUAAACCUCGGUAUAGAGACGCCUAUGUAUGCGUAGACGUGUGUGUAUCUCCGUCUAUCGCGUGUUUCAAGUCGUGCUGGUUUACGAGCUUCAGAGUGAUUAAUAUAACUGUAGUUUCUAAAUUGCACGGGACGGUUGUAAUCUUUACGUGCGCUUCUUGUCCCGAUGGCUGUUUUCGUCCCUCACUUCGUCGUCUAAAAAAACGUUUUGUUAAAUACAAUGAAGUCUAUCUUGAA